AUGCUCGAAUCAUUGCCGCUAGAACUGCAAGCCUAUAUACUCGUAUUCCUACCUGCACAGACACUCAUCCGCACGCUUUCACUCGCCAACCAUCACUUCCACGAUCUGGUCGAAGCACACAUCCAACGCUAUUGCCUACGCUAUCUCGGUCUCGGCUCUCAUUCAACCGACCCUGCCGAAGCAGCGGUACUCGAAUUUGAAGCGCAGAGACCUAUCGAUACCGUCACGGCCAAACACACACUCCAAUUUUCCCAUUUUGCACCGGUCUCACCCUCAUCAUAUCAUGCCAAGCUUCCACCGCUUUCGUCAGCCGCUGUAUUCGAGUUUGCAGGCGGAUGCAGUAGCAGGGUCACUACCGAUUCUGAGAAAUUGCGUGGCGCAAGGGGGAUGGGAAGGAGCAGAGGAAACAGCGUUUCCGUUGGUCCAGAGAGAGCAAGGAUGGGAGGCGCGGGGACAUACAUAGCUACUCAGUUCCAACCGUUCUUUCCUGGUCUGCAUGAGGAUGAUCAACGUCGUGUUGCGAGCCAGGCCAUCGUCUCUAGCUCGCUCGAUCUUGAAGAGCGUAGACUGGAAAGAUCGACACUGUUGCGCAACACGUCGACGACCUCGCGUUCGACGAGUCGAUCCAGUUCAACGGCUAGUACCUCGAGAGCCAGAGCCAUCGCACAGCAGAUCGCUAGUGCUCCUUUUCCCUUUCUCCAACAGAGUAUCGAAGCUGCAAAUCGACACAACAUGUACCGCCCUCCUACAAACAGCUCGCGUUCUUCUCACACAACCGGUACGGCAAUGCGUCCAGCACAGACCCUGGAGGAGCCGCUGGACGCAUACGACUGGGCAGGGCCACCUGGCACACGCGCAGUUCCCUCGUCACUCAACUCGUCGCGCUUACCCCAUCAAGCAGCGGACAAACCUGCAUGCUAUGCGUUUCAACUCGAUCCUCUUGACUCGUUCGAAAGCCUAAUCCUCACUCUAACUGCUCGUCGUAGCGUUCCUGAUGCCCAAGCAACCAUCUCUGCCAUGCUGCGCGGUGAAGAACCAGCUGCCUCGGAGGGAGUACGUCUGCGUUACUCCAAAACCCUCGCAGAGGGGCUCGAUCGAGUGUUUCGAGAUUGGUUCAGAUCGAACCCCUCCUCGGACGUCGAACCAGACCCUCGGUUGCUCGAAUUCGAUACUCCUUCAUGUACCCUUUCGAUUCAACCGCAUGCUUCCGCUUUGGCUCAUGUCACGCAUCCAGCGCUCGCUUCAAGUUCCUCACACGACUACUUAUCGCGCCCGCCGCUGUCUGUACAGUAUGCCAAUCUAGCGUCCAACGAGAGGGUCGAGUUGACCUUCCACUGUACACACAUCACCAUCAAUGCUGCUCGGCUGCUGGCGACGCUCGAGAGAUUGGAGCAUGAUGUACUCGCCAACCAGGCGAGAAGCAGGCUGGCCAUCUCGAGACUCCCAAGAAUCGUAGCAGGGAACCCUGUGCCCUUGAGGAUUCCAUCAGGAGCUGCGCUUGCCAAUGUAGAAUCUGGCUACUUUAUGGCAGGUCAUCCUCCUCGGUCUGCCGUCUAG